AUGGCUCCCCCAUUCCGUGCUGAGCACAUUGGCUCAUUGAUGCGCCCGGCAGACCUACUGGCUGCCCGGUCUGCUGCAGGGGUCACAUCUUCAUAUUCACAGUUGACGGAAGACGUCCAAGUCAUAACUGAAAAGGCAAUUGCUGACAUUGUUAUUAAGCAACUCGAGCUUGGUAUUCGCCCAAUAACCUCCGGAGAAUAUGAGCGGGACAAGUUCUACUCGGGAUUUUUUGAAAAUCUCCAAGGGAUGGAAGUCAUCAUGGAUAUUCCAAUUACCGAGGGCUACCGAACCAACUAUCCAACCCUUCGAACACUGAAGAGUCUUGGAAUCACGACUCGUGACUCUGUCGUUGCUGUCGAUCGGAUUAAAUACACCAAGUCCCCUUAUCUGUCAGAAUGGCAGGCUUUACGUGCUCGACUUCCUCAAGAACAGUGGAAGGAUUGCAAAAUGACCAUGCCACCAAUCACCCACAGCCAUAUGCAGAUGGCGGUUGGAACUGCUUAUCGUCCAAACACCUACUCUUCAGACCACGAAUACUUUAAAGAUCUCGCGGAAGCAUACGCGGCAGAUUUUCGGGUGCUUUAUGACGAAGGACUGCGAUCGAUUCAAAUCGAUGAUCCAUGUCUCCUAUUCUUCGUGACGGAUGAAUUCCGAUCCGGCUGUGUCGCAGACGGGGUAGACCCCGACGAGCUACUCGACGAGUAUAUUUGGGCGCACAAUCAAUGUCUACUGGGAAAGCCCGUAGACCUCCAUGUUGGACUGCAUCUUUGCCGUGGUAACAUGGCUGGCUCGACUCAUAUUAUGAGCGGAUCAUACGAGCGCAUUGCCAAAAAGUUGUUCACCGAGUUGGCAUAUGAUACAUACUAUCUUGAAUACGAUGAUGACAGGGCCGGUGAUUUUGAACCGUUGCGCCAUUUACCUAUCGGCAAGAACGUCAUUUUGGGUGUCGUUUCUACCAAAUCGCCCGAACUGGAGGACUUGGACAAACUCGUUGCCCGUGUGAACUCUGCAGCUGAGGUUAUAGCUCGUGGACAAGGCCGCAGCGUGGCUGAGGUGUUGGAAUCAAGUCUUGGGGUCAGUCCACAAUGCGGAUUUGCCAGUAUGAGCUCCGGAGGGGGUUGUGGAAUGACCAUGGAUAUCAUGUGGAAGAAACUCCUCUUGGUUGAACGACUGGCCAAACGUAUCUGGGGGUGA